AUGGAUUACCUCUCGAUUCAUGAGGAUGACACGUCAAUUUCAUCGGAUAAGACUGAUCGUGGUGGACGUUGGGCGAGAAAAAGAUCGUCGAUCAGGAUGUUCUACGACGAAAAUACGCUUGGAGAUCGAAAAACUUCGUGGAUGGACACCGAGCAUCGGGUAAUUUUGAAUGUGGGUGGUAUUCGACACGAAACCUAUACCCAUGUGCUGAAAAAAAUCCCUGCCACAAGGUUAUCCAGGUUGACGCCAAAUCUCGCCAACUAUGAUCCGGUGCUGAACGAGUACUUCUUUGAUCGACAUCCUGGAGUAUUUUCAAUGAUUUUAAAUUAUUAUAGGACAGGUAAACUUCAUUAUCCCACAAACGUUUGUGGUCCAUUGUUCGAAGAAGAACUAGAAUUUUGGGGAUUAGAUGCAAAUCAGGUUGAACCAUGUUGUUGGAUGACAUACACGCAGCAUAGGGACACGCAAGACACAUUAGCUGUUAUUGAAUCUUUAGACCUUGAUGGUGAUCCUCCAACACAAGAGGAGAUAGCUAAGAAAUUUGGCUGGGAGGAUGACUACUACUCAGGAACGCUCUCAAAAUGGCAACAAAUCAAACCGAGGAUAUGGGCGUUGUUCGAUGAACCAUGGAGUUCACAGUAUGCUAGGAUCAUUUCGUGUUGUUCGGUGUUCUUCAUACUCGCCUCAACGAUAUCGUUUAUGCUCAAAACGCAUCCAUCGUUUCAAAUUCCACAGAUAACUGUAGUCUAUGGCCUACAAAUAUUCGAUGGCGAAGGAUUCUCGAAUUUUGCCAAAGCGAUCGGUACGCAUAAGCCUUACACUGCUCCACAUCCAUAUUUCUUCUACGUGGAUCUCAUAUGCAAUUGUUGGUUUACUCUUGAAUUGUUGAUUCGAUUACUGUUUUGUCCGUCGAUGCGACGUUUCCUUCGUUCACCGCUUACGAUCAUUGACGUCAUAUCGACGUCAGCAUUCUAUUUUGAAUGGUUACUACACGCAAUACUUAUACAAACAGGUUCAUUGGUGACUAUCGAUUUCUUGUCGAUGAUCUGCGUGUUACGUCUAUUCAAACUCACUCAACACUUUUCUGGAUUAAAAAUAUUGAUUCAAACUUUUAAGGCCUCAGCCGAAGAACUAGCGCUGCUGGUCUUUUUUGUCCUACUGGCCAUAGUGAUAUUUGCUGCUCUCGUAUAUUAUGCGGAACGGAGUCAACCAAAUCCAGAAAAUCAAUUCACAAGUAUACCUGCUGGAUUGUGGUGGAGUCUCAUCACAAUUUCAACAGUUGGCUUCGGUGAUAUGGUUCCUCGCACCUAUCUGGGUAUGGUAGUGGGUUCAUUGUGCGCACUGAUGGGUGUUUUAACCAUCGCCUUACCAGUUCCGGUCAUUGUAUCGAAUUUCUCGAAUCUCUAUUCACAUUCACAAGCACGCGCGAAGCUACCGAAAAAGAGACGACGAGUACUACAGGCGCACGAAGUGAAACCGUCCAUGUUAAACGUGAAACAUCCACAUACACAUAAACAUCGGAAGAAAUCCUCUACCACAAAUACGACGAACAUGACACCAAUGAACAAUCUGGGACGAAAUGGUGGACCGAACUAUGAUGGCGGACAUCGAAAAUUGAUUUUUUAG